AGGAUGCAACGACAGCCGUAUUGUACAACGCUUUCAAUAUUUGUUGCCCUCGCUCAUCAGCGUUCUGUGAGCUGUCGUUUAGUGCUCUUCUUCCUUUGUUCAUUGUAGAGUCGUGUCCACCGGAGUUGCAGCCCACCACUUCGAAUACAACAAAAACUGUCAAAAGCCAAAUAAAGCGCAAGGAGAAAAAGGCUGUAUGAGAACGAUGCGACCAGCGCUGUUGGCGGGGUUUUUCCUCCUGCUGCUGUGGUGCUCCACCGCAUCGCACGCGGCCCUCUCCUUUCGCCUCAGCUCAAAAGACUUCCCCCCACCGGCGAACUCAAAGAUGCUCUUAAAAGACUACGUGUCACAGAACUCCGCCAACGCCGUGUGCGUGCUCGUGGCGCUGGACAACGGACUGGGCGGCGUCAUUCGUUUCACUUACAACUCCAACGUCACCGACGUAGGCCGCCGCGCGGAUGUCGUCGUGUCGAUCCAUAAACCAAUGCCCUCCGCCCCGUCGGUUGCCGUGCUCGACGUGGCGGACAACGUGGUGGGGACGAAGUUGUUUGACGCGGCGGAGCUGCAUCGCGUGAAUGUCGCGGCGAACGUUGUGCGGCGCGGCAAGGACCGUCAAGGCAACCCGGAGGUGACGGAAGAUGAGGAGGUAUCGCGCAGCUCUACACUGACGGUGCGACCCACGCAGGAAGGCACCGGCGCCGGCGCGCGCUUCUUAGACGGCAACUACGCCGCGUGCUUUCGACUCAUGCGCCCGUCAGGAGUGUCGACGCAAGCUGAUCGGGCGGCACCGGAGGAGGUGCAAAUUCGCUUGUUGGAGGUGGCCUCCACCAGCCACUCUACGUCCACCUACGUUGCUCGUCUUAGCAACCCGGUGGUCAACGCGGCGGGCAACGGGCAGGCGGCGGACACCUUCACCUCCGAGGCAGAUCGAGAGUACGCCAAAAUGAUUCGGCUGAUGUUCCGCGCCAACAAGAACACCGACCUGCAGAAGCUGCUCGACACCAAUACCGUCGUGACGUCGCAGCAGAUGCGGCAGCAGCUUGAUGAGCUGAAGGCGGUGCAGCUGCAGCUUUUCUCCUUGUACACCUCCUCGGAGCGCCUGGAGGAGCGGUAUGCCCGCAUGCGCGUCACGGCUGAGACGACGUUUACGCGAAUAUGGAUCUCAAUGGUCGCCGUCGUCACGGUGAUGGCCGUCACGAUUUGGCUGACCUUUUACUUCACGAAGGACAUCAUCGUCAAGAGGAAGCUGAUUUAA